AUGCAAGACCACGUCUUGAAGCUCUUGAAGCAACUAAAUGACGAGCUGCGCGAAAGUAUUUCUGUGGUUAUCGAAAAGAGACCACCAUUUGAGCAGCAAAUUCCACAGAAUGACUCCGACUCUGGAGAUGAAGAGAGUGGCGAAGACGGACGCAUAACUGAACUGGGAAUGCGCCUAUGCAGCAUCCGCGACAUUUUGAGUAAACUGAACAAGCUUGCGUUCAAGAUUCGCAAUUCUAAUCUGCGGUCCAUCUCACUCAAACCACUUCUAUACCGAGAAUUUGUCUCGGUGGCUGGAGACGAAAGUGGCAUGAAUCAACACAAAGAUAUGGAGGCAACUCAAGAGCUGCGUGGUGUUGGGGACCACCUCUCAACAGAAUCAGGAGAGUUGAAUCUAACGGAAGGUCAAACGGACAUAUUCGACCGUUAUGCGGAGUUCGAUUGCCGGUAUAUGACUGAGCUCUUUGAAAGCAUCUGUGAGGUCUCAGAUGUGCCUCAAAACAGAAUCCUGUUUGAACGAUUGACAAAAGCAAUCACGACCAGGCGAAGAAUCAUAAGAUAUUGGAGCAGACACGCUGACAAACUAGCGACUGGAACGCAGAACUUCCUUGGCCCACCGAUGGGUUUUGGCGGUACAAAGUUGAGUUCACAAUCUCACGUUGGAGAGGAAGAAGCUCCUAAGCUGCAUGCUUCUGGCAAGCCAGAAUCAGUUGCUCAAACAGCGACAAGCUAUGCUGAUACGGAACUAACCACGGCUUAUAAUGAGAAAAAAAGAGGAAAUAUCGACUCUACGCCAGUCAUCUCGUACAUAAGCACCACUUGGAAUAUUCACGGCAAUGUGGUUGAAGUCCCACUGCUACCACUGCCAGCAAAUAAAGGCAGUGAUUUUAUUAGCACUCUAACUAUUCACAGGUUUGUCCUUAUUGCUCUGUGCUAUCUCCAGCAGCCUACGGCAAGGGACAAGUCUGGAAAAACCAUCUAUUCCGAGAUCUUCAGCCGUAUAUGUGCACUUACGACGAGUGUAAUGAAGCGGAUCGGAUGUAUGGGAGGAGGAGUCAGUGGGCCGAACAUGAAGCAUCCAGCAGCAGUUUUUGAAACUCCCAGGCAGCUAGCAGAUCAUUUGUGUACUGAACACACGGAUAACUUGCCGGAGACCCAGAUUCCGGAUCUUGUCGAACUCGGCGAAGCCAGCCUUGAAGAUGAACGCGAAAGGUGUCCCAUCUGUCUUGACAAGGAUACGUUUAUAAAGAGCCGGACAACCCAUUUGGCCAAUCAUCUUGAACGGGUUGCGUUGUUUGCCCUUUCCCGUGGAGAAACCGAGGAAUCUGGUCUUUCCAAUGCUGCCAAAGGAGCAAAAACUGCGGAAUCACGGGGCUCGCUAUCUUCAAUAUCCCUCGUUUUCACCGACCGUGGAUUUAUCAGCAUGACACUAGCUCACAAAUAUGGGAAGAGGUGGAUGAACCGCACAACAUCCCUUCGUACCAAAGAAAACAGUACAUCAAACGCUCCAAGACCUCCAAUAGCAAAUCAGCAGGGGAUGCUACCUCCUAUGUUUCAGAAAGGUAGUGGUGUCCUACUAACACCUAUGGGCGGUCGAUAUCUUCGAAUUUUAAACAUGCGGUAUAAUACUGUGAGGGAGGGGUGGGAGUACCAGAUGGUUUAUAUGUCAAAACAGGGAAGGCGUUUGUACGAGAAAGGGCGCCGGUUUCCAGAGACAGAUCUAUGUCAGGCACCGUCUCCUGCGGAUAAUUUCUUCUUUCAUGAUUUCUUUGCGGGUAGUAGCAGUGGUCCAAGUCUGGCCGAAUUCACCGCCCGCGGCGGUAGCGGGCGUAGCUAG